AUGGGCAACACUCGCCUGCUCCGGGCCGACAUACCAGUCCUUGAAGGAGAAAAGAACCUGACCCAGUGGGACAGCGCUCUUUGGGGUUAUCUCAACAUUUACGACUUCAUCACUUUAUUCUCGACGAAGUUGAAGAGCCUACCGUUCAUGAGUGUCACGGCACAGCGCAUUGACCCCAAAGUCACCUAUGACCUGAUCAAGCACGUCAUUCCCCGCCUGACGCAGGAAGCCGUCAUAGACUCCGUUAUAGAAUUCGUAAAGAUUGAUAGACCUUCUUUCACUACCAUACAAACUUUCCUGACGAGGCUCCGCUUUCUUUACAAGAAGAUCGAUAACCUGAAGGCAGGAGUAACAGAGGAAUUCCACCUCAACCUGCUAAUUACAAAGCUCAAGAAGACCUACCCGGAUCGCCACCUCUUCUGGCUGAAUGGCCUCAAAGAGAAGACCCUGACCUGGAACAAGCUCAACCAAGAGCUGGAGGAAAUUGCUGCAAGCGAGGAAACCUCAUCACGAUUCGCCAAACUUCCUUCAGGAUCAGAGACAAAGGCGAAAGAAACCAAGAAAGAGGAAGGGAAAGGAAGAAAGGCAUGCGGUUAUCAUAGCAACAAGAGCACUGGAAGAGAAGAAGAAGCGUAA